GUAUAUUGGGCUGGUGCUCUACUCCUUUGAGCCACAGGCGCUGCCCUAUCAUUCAUUUUUUUAACAGAUCCAUGGAAGGGGACAGAAGAGCUUCAGGAUACCUACUGUCCUUUCCCUGUGAGGGGUCUCUGGUUUGGGUUCUGAAACAGCCAUUUGUUGUUGCAAAGGGAGGGUUCUUGCUGUGUUGUUUGAGUGAACUAGCGUGUGGAAACGUUAUUCUCUCCGGUUAUUCUCUUUAGUCUCUUUACCCUGUUCUUCCACCGUACAAGUUUAGGUCCCUCUUUUUUUCUUUUUCUUUCUUUUUUUUUUUGAGACAGAGUCUCACUUUGUCGCCCUUGGUAGAGUGCUGUGAUGUCACAGCUCACAGCAACCUCAAACUCUUGGGCUCAAGUGAUUCUCUUGCCUUAGCCUCCCGAGUAGCUGGGACUGCUGGUACCUGCCACAAAUCCCAGCUAUUUUUAGAGACAGGGUCUUGCUCUCGCUCAGGCUGGUCUCGAACCUGUGAGCUCAAGCUAUCACCUGCCUCGGCCUCCCAGAGUGCUGGGAUUACAGGCGUGAGCCACUGCGUCCGGCCUUAACUCUUUGCUAGUUGCAUUUCCUUGACUACGUUUGGAAAAAUUUAGGUCUAUAGUUUGGGAGUCAUGAAGAUGAUGAUUAUGCCUCUAUCCUAUUUUAUGAUUUUUUUCCCCAGGGUAUUCUCAGCUGCAUUGUCUUAUUUAAUCAUUAGUUGGGGAGAUAUUUUUACUUUAUAGGUGGGAAACUUUAUACAUGUUGGAGUUUUGUGGUUGUAUGAGCAGGAGUAACCACUGACUGCUGGCCUUGUGCUGACCCUUGGACUGGAUAGUCCUGUCAUGGGCAACAGGAGACAAUUUUUUUUUUUUAAGGGACAGAAUCUCACUUUGUCGCCCUUGGUAGAGUGCCAUGGCAUCACAGCUCAUAGCAACCUCCAGCUCUGGGGCUUAGGCGAUUCUCUUGCCUCAGUCUCUUGAGUAGUUGGGACUGUAGGUACUCACCACAACGCCGGGCUAUUUUUUGUUGCAGUUUGGCCGGGGCGGGGUUUGAACCCACCCCCUUGGUAUGUGGGGCCAGCACCCUACUCACUGAGCCAUAGGCACUGCCCAAGGAGACAGUUUAAUGAACAGCAGUUUCCAAAUCAUUUUCUUAAUUUGAAAUUCUUCUCCACUUACUGCUGAUUCAACCUUAAGCAAGCAAUUGAGAUAUUUCUAAUAAUAUGCCAUAGGUUUGACUAAUGCUGUAGUUAAAAGAAGAACAAUACCAGCUAUGUAACUGUAUGCAAAAACUUAAAAUGUGGAAGAUUUAGGUUGGGAAGCUGUUAACUGCCUGUCAUGAAGGAAAGAGAAAGCAGGAGGACACACUUAGACAGUCAUGUCUUACUUCAGAGGCGGUCAGCAUGGAAGGCAAGGCUGGGGUGUUGCUGUGAUUCGUUUUCAUUCUUUAAUGCUUGUUUUCCACUCUGAUUGGCACUGUGCAGAGAUGCUGUGAUGAGAGGUAACGUGCAGUGGAGUGGAGAGUGGCGGUGGAGCCCAGCAGCCUGAGUUUACACUCAGCAGUCCCACUGCUGACUUCCUAGCUGCUCUGUGCCUUACCCACAGAAAAAACAGAAAUCUGAGUUAAUACACAUAAAAAUGAGUUUUAAAUCAGGACUUGGUGUAUGGUAAGCUGUGAUCAUUUUAGCUGUGAUUAUUUUAAAGGUGUCUUUUGAAUAGUUUCAUCUGCAAGAGAACAUCUGGAGACACAGGAAUAGACAUGAUCCGAUCAGAGUAAUUAAAGGCUUUUACUGAGCUCUGAGGUCCCAAACAGGGCACACGCGGGCCCUCCUGGGUGCAGCCUGGGGCUGUGAAAAAGGACCUUCAAGGAGCUUAGAAAGAUUGUACAAUGAAUGGUGAUACUCGGGCUGCAGUGGUGACCUCACCACCCCCGACCACAGCCCCUCACAAGGAGAGAUACUUCGACAGGGUGGAUGAGAAUAAUCCGGAAUACUUGCGGGAGAGGAACAUGGCACCAGACCUUCGCCAGGACUUCAAUAUGAUGGAGCAAAAGAAGAGGGUGUCCAUGAUUCUGCAGAGCCCUGCUUUCUGUGAAGAGUUGGAGUCAAUGAUACAGGAACAAUUUAAGAAGGGGAAGAAUCCCACAGGCCUGUUGGCAUUACAGCAGAUUGCAGAUUUCAUGACUACGAAUGUCCCAAACGUCUAUCCAGCAGCCCCACAAGGAGGGAUGGCUGCCUUAAACAUGAGUCUUGGUAUGGUGACUCCUGUGAAUGACCUUAGAGGAUCUGAUUCAAUUGCGUAUGACAAAGGGGAGAAGUUAUUGCGGUGUAAAUUGGCAGCAUUUUAUAGACUGGCGGAUCUCUUUGGGUGGUCUCAGCUUAUCUACAAUCACAUCACAUCCAGAGUGAGCUCCGAGCUGGAACAUUUUCUUAUUGUACCUUUUGGGCUGCUCUACAGUGAAGUGACCGCGUCUAGUUUGGUUAAAAUCAAUCUACAAGGAGACAUAGUAGAUCGCGGAAGCACUAAUCUAGGAGUAAACCAAGCGGGCUUCACGUUACACUCUGCCAUUUACGCUGCCCGACCAGACGUGAAGUGUAUCGUGCACAUUCACACACCAGCGGGGGCCGCGGUCUCUGCGAUGAAAUGUGGCCUCUUACCAAUCUCCCCAGAGGCGCUUUCCCUUGGAGAAGUGGCUUAUCAUGACUAUCAUGGCAUUCUGGUUGAUGAAGAGGAAAAAGUUUUGAUUCAGAAAAAUUUAGGGCCUAAAUGCAAGGUCCUUAUUCUCCGGAAUCAUGGGCUCGUGUCAGUGGGAGAGAGUGUUGAGGAGGCCUUCUAUUACAUCCAUAACCUCGUGGUUGCCUGUGAGAUCCAGGUUCGGACUCUGGCCAGUGCUGGAGGACCCGACAACUUAGUCCUGCUAGAUCCUGAGAAGUACAAAGCCAGAUCCCGUUCCCCUGGGUCUCCGAAAGGGGAAGGCACUGGGUCGCCUCCUAAGUGGCAGAUUGGUGAGCAGGAAUUUGAAGCCCUCAUGAGGAUGCUUGAUAACCUGGGCUACAGAACUGGCUACCCUUAUCGAUACCCUGCUCUGAGAGAGAAAUCUAAAAAAUACAGCGAUGUGGAGGUUCCUGCUAGUGUCACAGGUUACUCCUUUGCUAGUGACGGUGAUUCGGGCACUUGCUCCCCUCUCAGACACAGUUUUCAGAAGCAGCAGCGAGAGAAGACAAGAUGGCUGAACUCUGGCCGGGGCGAUGAAGCUUCCGAGGAGGGGCAGGAUGGGAGCAGUCCCAAGUCGAAGACUAAGGUGUGGACGAGCAUUACACACGAUCACGUGAAACCCUUGCUGCAGUCUCUCUCGUCCGGUGUCUGCGUGCCAAGCUGUAUUACCAACUGCUUGUGGACUAAAGAGGAUGGACAUAGAACCUCCACCUCUGCUGUCCCUAACCUGUUUGUUCCAUUGAACACUAACCCCAAAGAGGUCCAGGAGAUGAGGAACAAGAUCCGAGAGCAGAACUUACAGGACAUCAAGACGGCUGGCCCUCAGUCCCAGGUUCUGUGUGGUGUAGUGAUGGACAGGAGCCUUGUCCAGGAUGCGCCCCUCUCUGACUGUACGGAGACUAUCGAAGGGCUCGAGCUCACAGAGCAGACCUUUAGUCCUGCUAGAUCUCUCUCUGUUAGAAAGGGGGAGCUGGUGACAGCCUCCAAGGCCAUCAUUGAGAAGGAGUACCAGCCCCAUGCCAUCGUGAGCACUGCGGGUCCCAAUCCCUUCAACACGCUCACAGACCGUGAGCUAGAGGAGUACCGCAAGGAGGUGGAGCGGAAGCAGAAGGGCUCUGAAGAGAAUCUGGACGAGACGAGAGAACAGAAAGAGCAGAGCCCUCCAGACCAGCCUGCUGCUCCCCACACUCCCCCCAGCACUCCCAUCAAGCUUGAAGAAGACCUUCCACAGGAGCUGACUUCUGGAGACGACAGUGAUGCUGCCACCUUCAAGCCAACCCUCCCUGACUUGUCCCCUGAUGAGCCUUCAGAAGCGCUUGGCUUCCCAACAUUAGAGGAAGAGGGGGAAGCCUGUGGACUCCCAGGCCCCACCAAGCUCCACACCGUGGCCCCCCCAGCCCCCGUGGCUGAAGAAGCUGCCUCUCCAGCUGCCGAGGAGGGGGCUGCCGUAGACCCUGGCAGCGAUGGGUCUCCAGGCAAGUCCCCAUCCAAAAAGAAGAAAAAGUUCCGCACCCCUUCCUUUCUGAAGAAGAGCAAGAAGAAGAGUGACUCCUGAAGGCCUGCCCUGUACCCACACUGUCGUGUCUGAAGUGACCCUGGCUCCUCCAGAGUCCCUGAUUAUGUCUGCACCCUGUCUUUUUGUGUAAUGGAAUGCAAAAAGCCAAGCCCUCCGUGUAGCUAGAGCUCCCCUCACUCGACAGCCCAUGCAGCCCGGUGCUAGUGACUGUGCCCUGCAGCCCCUGCCCGGCCCGUGGGACUCAGGUUCUGGGGGCGGCUUGGGCUCUACCUGCUCCUCUGGGACAUGCCCUCCCCACAGUAGGGAUGGGUCACUAAACCACAGUCCUGGCCGGGAGGUAGUAGAGGCUUCUGCCAGCUCCGGCUGUGCGUAUCACCCGCUUGAGCCCCAACCUCCUCUCACCCUCUGCCCUAUAGGGGCAUAUUCUGCCUCCACUCAGCUUCUUGCCCCCCGCAGUGUCUCAGGUGACUGAAUCAGACUCUAGGCUUCCUGCUGGCAUCGUCUGCUCAGUGGUCUCUCUUUCUGUACACAAAGCCUCAGUCCUGUGAAAACACUUGUGUGCUCACUAGCAGUCCAGGGCACCACGCUGCCUUGAAGAGGUGGGUCUGGGCUGGCACUGGGCAGAGACCCCAGCGGCUCACUAUGUGUGGCCUCUCUUGUCCCCUCAGCCAGAAACAGGUUCAGGAGCUCACGGUUUCCUAUUCACUCGGGUCUCUGUAUUCCUGUCAUAGUUGGAAGGUGUAUCAGGAGGGGGAAGAGUCCUUUUUAGAAUUGUCUUUUAGCAUGUUUACAAUUCAGCCUACAUUUUUGACUGUGAACACGAACAAGCCACUUCUUUCAUUUGUUUUCUAGAGCCUGUAGCAGACUGUAGCAGAGCACUGCUCACCUGGUUGGGAGAGGUUUCAGGAGAUAUUUCCUCACCUUAACUCAGCCUGAGAGAUGCCCUGGUCUGGUGGAAAGUGACUUGAGGCAGAUGACUAUGCAUCAGUUAUAAAGCCUGUAACUCGCUCUCCUCCAUCAAGACUGUUGUCAGUUUUCACUUAACUCCCUAGAAAAGGGCCUGAAGCUGGUUGGUGGGGACUGGCCAGAUGGAGUCCCCAAGGGUGACCCAUCCCAGGAGCUGCCCGGUGCCAGCCUGACUGGGCGCAGGCCAACGUGCUGGGGCCCAGACAGGCCCCACCAAGCCCUUGGCGGACACAGUCCCAGAUGUCGGCUCAGGUUCUGGGUUGAGCCACUUGGGAUCCCACUGACUUGGCCCCCAAGCAGUACCUGGGGCUAGCUGCAUGGUGCUGAUAGCACCUUAAGCUUCCGUGACCCUGCAGGGCUUGCUGCUCUGGCACCUGAGCUGCUUUCCUGUGUGCUGUUGCUGCCAAGGUGGCGUUGAUGUGCUUUCUCUGUGGGCUCUUUGUCUGUCCCCUCCUCUCAUCCUUCCCUCUAUCCCACAUAUGCAAUGGCUUUUAAUUUUCACUUUUGUAGUUUAACUCUUUGUAUUACAUGAACUAAAGUUGCAUAUAUGGACAGACUUGGGAGGGCAGGUCCUGAAUGUCCUUUCUUCAUUGUAACAUGUUUUACUCACAAAUAAAAUUCUUUAAGCAAUUUCCUUGUCUAAA